AUGGAUGAAUAUGAAUUACACCAUCACCACCACCACCAUCAUCAUCACCAUAAUCAGCAGCCGCAACAGCAACAACAGACUCUUCUCUCUCCUCAGACAGUGCCCCAGCCAGUGAAGCAGUCUACUCCUCCACCUCCUCCACCACCUCCACCACCACCUCUUCCUCCUCCUGUUUCUGUCCCUCCUCCAUUUGUUCCAGUCGUGGCUCCUAUUAUGGAUUCUUCUCUUCCAGGGAACAUGUAUGAUGCUGUACCUCAUUUUGCUCAAGCCAUGAUGCACCUACCACACCAAACGGAGCCACAUUUGUCUCAGCAUCCUGAACAGCUAGAACAGCAUACGCCACCUCACUUGAACCAGCAUACAGUUGUAUCUCCGCCAGCUUUGCACAACGCUUUGCCUCAGCAGCCAUCUCGACCAAGUAACAGAGCAGCAGCACUGCCUCCUAAGCCUUCUCGCCCCCCUCCUCAGUCCCCAACUGUAGCCCAUCAGCCUCUAGUCCCUCAACCUCCUAUGUCACAGCCCCCCCAGAUUCUCCUUGAAGAUGAUGAACCUCCAUCUCCACAUCAUGGCAUGUCCUUGAACACUAGCCAUAUGCAGAUGUAUUUGCAGCAGUUUCAAAAGGUGCAGACUCAAACCCCGCUUCUGCCAUCAGUGAAGGUUCAGUCACAACCACAACCACCCCCUCCACCUCAGACUCCUACUGCAGUCCAGCAGCAACAUACCCAGCAACAGCAGCAGCUUCCAUCACAGAGACAAAUGCACAUGCAGUUCCCCCCUCACAUUCACCAGCUUCCAUCUUCACAACAGCAUCAACCUUCUCCACAGCCUCAGCCUUCAAAGCCCCAGCAAGUCAUCCAGCGUCACCCAUCUCCACGACAGCAGAAGGCAGAUCCUUAUAUAUCUGGUCACUUAAGGGAAGCUCCCUCUCCUCUCAUGAUGCAUUCCCCUCAGAUGCCGCAGUUUCAGCCCAUGAUCCAUCAGUCACCACCUCAGCAAAAUAUCCAGCCUAAGAAACAGGAAACCAGGCCUACAUCUGUUGUGCAGUUGCAAUCCACAGUUUGUGUGAAGGAAGAGAAGAUGCACUCACCAGUUAUCAAAAAUGAGCCAUUUAGUCCUUCAGUGCGCCAGGAGCCUGUAAAACAUCCUGAAAAUGUUAGGCCACCAUCACACAUACAACAAAGAUUGGACUUGAAAGCAGUUGAUGGAUCUCGUCCUGUAAUCAGACCAUCAGAGCAGGCAACACCACAGCCUGCAGUUCAGGAAAAAGAGAAGUUGAAACCAGAACCUAAAACUCCUGUAGCUCCCAAAAAGGACUUGAAAAUCAAAAACAUGGGCUCCUGGGCAAGUCUUGUUCAGAAACACACUGCAACUCCAUCCUCUACUGUAAAGUCGUCGAGUGACAGUUUUGAGCAGUUUAAACGUGCAGCUCGAGAAAAAGAAGAACGAGAAAAGGCCUUAAAAGCGCAAGCAGAGCUGGCAGAAAAGGAACGAGUUAGAAGGGAGCAAGAAAGAAGAACUAGAGAAGAGGACGAUGCAUUAGAACAUGUUCGCAGACCACAUGAAGAAGUCCGCCGGCGGCAGGAACAGCAGCAGCAGCAGCAGCAGCGGCAGGAACAGCAAAGACAAGAACAGCAACAGAGGCAGGAACAGCAGCAGCGGCAGGAACCGCCUCCUCCUCCUCCACCUCCUCCUCCUCCUCCUCCUUCACAACCUCAAAGUUCCCAACAGCAGUCCUCUCAAUCCAUGCUAGACCAGAGGGAAUUAGCCCGAAGACGAGAACAAGAACGAAGGCGUAGAGAGGCGAUGACUGCUACUAUUGACAUGAAUUUCCAGAGUGAUUUAAUGGCAAUAUUUGAAGAGAAUCUUUUUUAAGGGCUCUGGCUUUUCAAAUCGUGACUUUUAAAAGUACUCUUGAACUUUCCAGUGAAACUUUAAAUCUAUAGUGUUAAUGCCAGCUUGGGGGGAGGGGCAUCGAUUCCCGGUGCACAGUUUUCCUGCAUGUAUAAUGUCUGUGGAUCUUUGAACUGAUGCCUUGGAUGGUCAGUAAUCUGCCUUACGUUAAAUUUCCACAUGCAUACUUAAAACAUACACUUUAUCUUAUUUGCAGGAAUGAACAGAGAAAACCCAGCCCUAGCAAUGGGGUAGCUGAGCAUUUGCUUUGCUCUUCUGAAUGUUUUACCUUAAAAGGUUUCCCCUAAAAGUCAGUUACUCUUUCUGCCAAAUGUUGCAUUUUAUUGAGGACUUCACAUGCUUCAGAGUUUUGUUUUACAAAACAUCGAAAAAGCUAAUAUAAGGUUGGUGGAAGAAGUUACCUUUGAGUAUAGUAUGUUACCACUACAGCUUUUUUUAUUCCCCUUAAAUUAAAGGAGUCUAACAUGAAGAUGAAGAAAAGAAGAACUAGUCGUCACAAUGGAGAAGUACAGAGAAUUAAGAUUUUAUUCAUUACAAAGCUUGUAUUGUCUGACUUUCCCUCUCUGUCCAUCUGCCUCGCUCUCUCUCUCUAUAUAUAUUAUAUAUAUAUAUUGUAUUAUAUAUGACAAGCAAAGAAAAACAGUUUAGUGUACAAUUAGCUGUGAACUGUAAGUUUUCAGCUUCAAAAAGGGAAUAAUACAUCAGAAGUGUUAAAUUAAAGAAGCAGUUGUGUUUAAAUCUUCUUGAAACUUUGCAGCGCUGUAGCAGUUCUGGGAUCAAAGCUAAUCAGUCAGCCAAAGUCUGCUCCAUUAAGUUAAUUUUCCUUGGGAGGAACUAAGUGCACUGCUUUGUGUUUUAUAUGGCCUUUUGUUUGUCUCUAUGCUGGGGUGGAAACAAACUAAUGUUUCUUUUGAAGAUCAUAGGGUGCUCCCACCCUUUCAGCAGUGUUUGACUGUGGCUGUAUUGUAUAGUGAAUAUAGUUGGCAUAUUUGAGUUUGGGAGUUCAGGGGGAGAGCUAAGUUCUGUGUUGACACUUCAAUUUUACCUUUUGCUCAGUUUUAAUCAUAGCCGUUUUUAUAAUGUAAAACAAACUACCAUUAUUUUUGUUUUUACAUGAACAGUCUGGUUGUGCUAGAAUUUUUUUAUACAGAAGAGAAGCUAUAAAAGAAAGACAUGAUGAAUAUUAUAGGCCCAGUUAUGGAACUCCCUAAUAUGCAGUGUCAGUUAGUAUUCAUUUAUGUCCAAUUCCAGCUGGUGCAUUUUCUAAUGCGCCAGCAUAUUGUAUGCUUGUUUUCAUUCCUUACCCAUACUGUUGCUAUAUUUUUGUUCAUUACUUAAGCAAAACUUUGUGUGCCAUAAAUACCCACUAUACAGUACAAUACUGAUGUCAGUAUUGGCCUUUUUUCUGAUUAAACAAAUGGUUUUACAGAAUAUGGUAAAUAUGCAUUGGUCUGUAUUGAUCAUGGAAUAAAC